UGCUGCGUAGGGGGCAGCCCCGCUCAGUCCCCGGCUGUGGUGUCCCCCUCCGCUCGCCCUGGGGCUAACGGCCGUAUUGCCCUUCUCCCUGGGGGCCUGCCCGGCGCCCUGACGUGGGGCCACUGUCACGGGGAUUCAUCUCCGCACCGAGAGCCCUGGAGACAGAGGCUCUGGUGCCUGACACCUGAUGUACAUUUUGAAGAUGAAAAAGGAUAACUUAUGGUUUUACAGAAUAUAAAGAAAUAUUGUCUGACAUGACGGCGAAAAAUAUUGGUGUAACUUCCACAAAUGGAGACCUGAAAGGAUUUAUAGAUCAGAACCAGAGUCCAUCAAAAGGUAACAUUUCAGUAAUUGCAUUACCAGUUUCCAGCACCAAUUCCCCCGCUAAGAUUUUGCCAAAAACCUUAGGACCAGUAAACGUGAAUGUUGGACCCCAAAUGAUCAUAAGCACACCACAAAGACUGACCAAUUCAGGGAGUGUUCUGAUUGGGAGUCCAUACACCCCAGCACCAGCAAUGGUCACUCAGACGCACAUAACAGAAGCCACUGGCUGGAUUCCAGGGGACAGAAAACGGGCUCGGGAAUUUAUAGAAUCUGAUUUUUCAGAAAGUAAAAGAAGCAAAAAAGGAGAUAAAAAUGGAAAGGGUCUGAGGCAUUUUUCAAUGAAAGUAUGUGAAAAAGUCCAGCGAAAAGGAACAACGUCCUACAAUGAAGUAGCUGAUGAACUGGUAUCAGAAUUCACAAAUUCUAAUAGCCACUUGAGUACAGAUUCGCAGGCUUAUGAUCAGAAGAAUAUUAGGCGGAGAGUUUAUGAUGCCCUCAAUGUGCUGAUGGCAAUGAACAUCAUUUCAAAAGAGAAAAAGGAAAUCAAAUGGAUUGGCCUUCCUACAAACUCAGCUCAAGAAUGUCAAAACCUAGAGAUAGAGAAACAGAGACGGCUAGAACGAAUAAAACAGAAGAGAGCCCAGCUGCAAGAGCUACUAUUGCAGCAAAUAGCAUUCAAAAAUUUGGUACAAAGAAAUCAGCAAAAUGAACAACAGAAUCAAGGUCCUCCAGCUUUGAACUCUACAAUACAGCUCCCUUUCCUAAUAGUUAACACUAGCAAAAGAACUGUUAUAGACUGCAGCAUAUCAAGUGAUAAAUUUGAAUACCUCUUUAAUUUUGAUAACACGUUUGAGAUUCAUGAUGACAUUGAGGUGCUGAAGCGAAUGGGAAUGUCCUUUGGGCUAGAGGCAGGCAAAUGCUCAGCAGAGGAUCUAAGAACUGCAAAAUCAUUGGUGCCAAAAGCUUUAGAAAGCUAUGUCACAGAUAUGGCUACAGGACUUCCAUGGUUGAACCAGGGGUUACUUUUAAAUUCAUCUCAUUCAGGUUCAACUUUAGAAGCAGCUGGCGGUACCUCUAUUUCUAAAUCAAGUGGAAAUCCAGGAUUGUGUCUGGAUGCUGAAGUGGCCUUAGCAACUGGACAGUUCCUUGCCCCUGGUAGUCAACAGUCCAGCAGUGCAACAUCACGUUAUUCGGAGUCACGAGGAGAAACCCCAUGCUCAUUCAAUGAUGAAGAUGAUGAUGAUGACGAUGACGAUUCCUCUUCCCCAGAAUGAAGACAGGAGAAAACAGAAUAUACAAGAUGCUGCUUUUAUGUGUUUUUAGUGUGAGCUCCUGGUUUUCAUGAUGUAACUUCAGUUUCUUGCCUUUGUUUGCACUGUGUUCAGUUAAACUAAAUGGAAACUUGCACGCAGACACACACAAAAAGCACCCAAAGUUAAGAGACAGAUGGAAAACUUUUUAUAGCUGAACACAGUGUGGUAUACUGCCACAGAGCAAACAAAGCGUUUCAACUGCAACCAAGGAAAAAAGCAAAAUCCCUGAAGAUUUAGCAGACUUGCUAAAUGCACAAGUUUAUUUUUCAUAACUUGGGACAUUGCUUCUCCAGUUUCUCUCUUCCUCCUCAUUUAUCCCACCCAGAAUGAAGAUGAUUAUAGUGUUGUCCAACAGAUGCUGAUUCUUACAUUGUCUUUAGGCUUUGCUACCUUUUUUUAAAAAAAAAAAAAAAAAAAAAGCUAAAAUAGUUUUAAAUAUCUUAUGUAUUAAAACCAUUAUGGAGAGGGGCUAUUAGGAUGUUUGUUCUGUUCAACUUGCUGUACAGAAGAGUCUUAAAGUAAUAUAAAAUGCAAGUGGCGAAAUUAAUCUUGAACUAGAUGAAAUCCAUUUUAGAUAUUUUAAAGAAUGAAAUUAGUAUAUGUCUGUUGAAGGGUUCAUAUUUUUCCAUUAUUUUAUUCCAUUGAUAUUUUGGGCCUAAUUUAUUAUAAAUAACUGAUUGUUAGCCAUUACAUAGAGUCAGGAUAAAAAUGGUGGUGUUCUCUACACCAACACUAAUUUUUUUAAAGAAAAAAUGUUAGUGAAGAAAAUAGUGUUAAUAAGUUGUCUGAUAGUUUAAAAAUAAAUUCUCCCUUGAAUAUCUACACAGACCUUAACCUACUCUAGAAAACCAAUGGAAUAUAAUAGCAAAAGAGUUUCUUUCUAUAGUAAGGACUUCAUACAUUUUCAGGCAGUGUUUUAAUUUUCAAGGGACACAGUCACAUAAAAUAUUAUUUUAGGAACUAAACUUUUUAAUUUAAGAUUCUUGUGAAAAUCUAACUUUUCACUAUUUAUGCAGUUUGACUUUUUGCAUUUCACUCAGUUAGGAUAAUGAAAACAGACUAAUCAAAUUAACUUUUUGUUUUUAGUUAAUUCCAUUUUCCAACUGUUCUGCACUAACUGAUACCAUGCUGGCACUGCAGGGGAACAUUUAACUCCAAACAACUGUUUUCACAGCAUUUUUUUAAAAGGAAAAAUGGAAUCUGAUUUUUAUACUCUGUCAAGUUAGCAAAAAUAAUUCUCACACUUCAGAAGUAGGCAUUGGGGUAGUAGUAAUUUUGCUUUAAUAUCACCCAAAGGAUGUUCACAAUCAUGUCAACCCAAAAUGUUAGUAAAUUGGGCCUCUUUAGUGAAUAAAUUGCACCUCUGUUUACUGAAGGUCACAUUAAUGGAAAAUAUUUAUUUGCAGUUUUGGAAGAGGUAAAUGUCUAAACUACUGGAUUUUAUAUUUGACUCCAUUGUGACCAAAGAUGCUGUUAAAUAUGUUGAGUCACAGUGAAGUUAUUGCAUUUAGUGGAAUAUAACAACAACAAAUCAUACCAGUACAAUGGUUAAAUAUAGGGGGGGAAACUGUUUAAAAAUGUCUUUAAAGGGCUGAAUUAGGCUCCCAAAAUCUCAGAGUUGAGUCCAAUUCUAUAUUUAGCAUCACAACUUGGUGCCUAGAAUGUCUCCGAACAGAUAUUUUUUUAAACAUUUAACACUUAAUACCAAAACAGAACAGGUUGACCUGAAAUGUUUUAAUAUGCAAGUUUAAACUAGUCCCAGUUUUUACUCUUUUCAAUAUGCUAAACCUAAUUAAUGAAAUGAUAAAUUGAAAUAAUUCCUUUUUUAUCUUCAUAGUCCAUGUAAAUAUUUUAGGUAUUUCUAAAUACCCAUAUUAGCUGUUAGACCACAAUGACUAGGGCUGUUAUUUAGUUAGGAGUUUACAAAUUGCCUGCAUCCCUAUUGAAGAUUUGUUGCAAUCUGUCAUGUUUACACACAUUUGGAGGAGAGGUGGCUAGCAAAGUUAUAAGGAAAAUUUUCCUCUAUGCUUAUCAAACUACCUGCCAAUCUGCACAAGACCGGUGGGAUAUCCCAUGAACAUAGGUCACAAAGACAGUUGGGUAGUAAUGUCCUCUGUCUUGACUCAUGUUAAUAAUCUAUUCUCAGAUUAUUACUACAGUAACUACCACUUGAACUGGCACUGUAAAUGUUGGGUCAGUAAUAUCUGAUGGGGGCAGGUUAUUUCAGUGGUGUCUCUUAGCUUGGAGACAAUCCCUUUGGAAAGUGGUUUCUCUGUUUAUGAAACCACUUAAAAAAAAAAAAAAAGUCAGUGUGUUGUCCAGGAUCCACCCCAUCCUACCAUCCACCAAACAUUGCCGCAGGCCUUGGAAAACAAGGAAACCCAUAAGCACCACUUUAAACACUAGCCCAAAGAGAAGCACUAAUAAUUUUGCUUUAAUGAUAAAAAGGCGACAAAAAAUAUUCUUUUCCAGGAGCUUGGCAUGCUUGCUCCAGUUGAAGUCCAUAGCAAAACUCCCAUUAAGAGUACACUGCACUACUACUCGCUUUUGGCAAGUACCAUGGCGUAGCAUCACCAGCCUCUCUGCUGUAUUUUAAUACCAGAAAGUAUUUAGCUUUAUUAACUGGUCUGCUUCACAAAUGGAUCUCCCACCGCUGAAAAUAGUUAAAUCAUACAAAGGCCAAAACAGAAAACCAGUUUUGAGACUUCAAAAGGAAGUUGCUUGAGAUCCUAUGUUCCAAGUUCCAAUCCAGAGGGAAUUUAACACAGGCAGUUGUGGUUUUAUGGUUACAUUAAAGUCUGGGAACUGGUCCUCAUCCAGGUGGAGAGUCACUUGACCUCCUUUUUGUCUGAUUAGGCCUGCUGCAAAAUUGCAGGACUGCACCAAAAACUGAUGGUGCAUCUCAACUGCGCUUUAAAUGGAUCUGAAUUAAAAGGAGACUUCAAAUUGCGGAGCACCCACAACUUCCAUUGAGUCAAUAGGAGCAAUGGGUGUUCACGCCCUCGAAAAGGCGCUUUAACUCUGAGUGGCACCAGGAAGCAUUCCAUAGUAAUGUGAUCAUUAACAGCUUGACUGGUUCUCUCAUCUUCGGUUUAGUUGCCAUAUUGUGUGAUACAGCUAAUACGGCCAUUGUUAUCUGGUGAUAGGUAGCAAUUAAACUUUAAGCAUAAAGAAAAUUGUGAUAUGAACAUUUGAAAAGUGACCUAGUGGUUGAGAGUGCUUUUUUGUUGUUUUGUUUUUUGUACUGCUAUUCUGGAUUAUUUAAAUGUUUAUUUAUUGGGUAUGAUUUACUAAAAUUAUUUGAGGAAAUACAUGAAGUAAUUAGCUGUGACCAAUAUAAUUGUGUGUAUACAUUUUAAAUCUAUUGCAGUAAACAUCUUUACAUAUUAAACAUCUUAUUUUAGGGAUUGGGGGCUUUUUUAAACUUAGGGAAAGAGUCAAUAAAACCUGCUAGACUGUACCACAAAUAUCCCAAAAAUGUGUGUGUUUCCAGGAGGAGGAUGGAGGGUAUUUCUACUGUGUGGAAGUUAGCUCUAACGUUUACUGAAUCUGGCCUUUAAUGAUUACACUACAGUUGUGCCAGUUUUUUCAUUUCUGCAAGGCCAAAUGUUGGUUCUACUGAAGUCAGUGGCAAAAUUAAUCUACUCUAAGAUCUCAUCUGUAUGAGAGUUAUUCCAGUUUAGCUGAAGGUGUGCUUUUAAACUCACUUACUGAAACCAAAAUAAAAAUAUCCACAGAGGAGUUUGCACUGGUUUAAGUGUGGCUUAUUCUGAUUUAGGUUGCAGAGAUUCCUAAUAGACUUAAAUUAAACUGCAACAAGGCUGCUUUAAACCUCACAGAAGUUUGCAUCAGUUUAACUAAAGCAGUUCAAAAUCAGACCUUUAAGGCAUGUCUACACGUACAACGCUGCAGUGAUACCGCUGCAGCGCAUCUGGUGAAGACACUCUAUGCCGAUGGGUGAGAGCUCUCCUGUCAGCAUAAUAAAACCACCUCUAUGAGUGGCAGCAGCUAUGUCAGUGGGCGAGCUUCUGUCCAUACUGACACCUAUGUUGGUGUAACUUAUGUCAUUCAGGGGAGUGGUUUAGUCACACACCCGAGCGACAUAAGUUCUGCCAACAUGGGCUGUAGUGUAGACAUAGCAUUGGUUAAAUUGGCACAACUUUCUUGUAUGGAGAAGUUGUUUGCAGGGUUGAUGUCAUAAUAUUAGAAAGACAAAGUGGGUGAGGUAUUGGACCACUUUUGUGUAGAGCUCUGUGUAGGUUGAAAGCUUGUCUCUUUCACCAACAGAAGUUGAUCCAAUAAAAGAUAUUACUUCACCUGCCUUGCAACAAGGUGUGAUAGAGUUCGAUCCUAAAUAAUCACUGUUCUCAAAUAAGUCACCCAUAAAAAGCUGUUUUAGGGUAGAAUCUAUCAUUUAAGGACAUAGUUGUCAAAUUAUCUUUAUUUUUUUUCCCUCCACACUACAGUCUUAAACAAAACCACCUCUAAAAUGUAUUCAUUACAAUCUAAAAAUUAGAUAAUGGUCAUUUGAAUAAUUAACGGGCACUUUAAAACUGAAAAUAUCCAGAGACAUUUUAAAAACACUUUACUUUACUUUUAAUUAGUCUAAAAGCCAAACUACCCUGAUUUAGAAAAAGUAAAGCAAGUAAUUGCAGGAUACAUUUAACAUAGACUAAACCAGGGUCAGUAACCUUUCAGAAGUGGUGUGCCGAGUCUUCAUUUAUUCACUCUUAUUUAAGGUUUCGCAUGCCAGUAAUACAUUUUAACAUUUUUAAAAGGUCUCUUUCUAUAAGUCUGUAAUAUAUAACUAAACUAUUGUUGUAUGUAAAGUAAAUAAGGUUUUUAAAAUGUUUAAGAAACUUCAUUAAAAUUAAAUUAAAAUGCAGAGCCCCCCCGGACCAGUGGCCAGGACCUGGGCAGUGUGAGUGCCACUGAAAAUCAGCUUGCGUGCCGCCUUUGGCACACAUGCCAGAGGUUGCCUACCCCUGGACUAAACAAACCAAAACAAAAAUGGGCUUUCAGUCUUGACCCAUGCAGUUGUGCCUUGUAAUUACAGAUGUCUCUUAAUUGCAUGAUCCUACUAUACACUAAAUGCUGGACUAUCCGGAUACAGUGAGACAGGGCUAGGACUAUCUUUGAGCUUAUUUAACUUUGUCCCUCUUUGGAAUUAUACAUCAUGAUCACAAUCUAGAAAUGUCACUAUCUUUCUGGUUAAUCUAAGCUUCCUUUAGUCAGAAUAAGACUUCGGGGGCACUUAAUGCUCUUGCAACUGUCCCAUGCCUGGGAUGUGAUGAAGCCAAAGGCCUGUUGCUGUUAUUUAUUUAAGAGGAGAGAUCCCCUCACUAGGUGAAGCAACAUUCAUUAUGACAUUAUUAAAAAUAACUUCAAAACAGUUGUUUAGAACAAAUUCCCUUAUCUGCAUAGUUAAUAGCAGAAUUUUAAAAUUGAAAUUACUCUUUAGUAAUAAUAUUUAGUAGAGCUGUUAAUUAAUCGCAGUUAACUCAUACGAUUAACUUAAAAAAAUUAAUCGUGAUUAAAAUGAUUAAUCGUGAUUAAUCACACUUAUAACAAUAGACUACCAAUUGAAAUUUAUUAAAUAUUUUUUGAUUUUUUUUAUAUUUUCAAUAGAUUUCAAUUACACCACAGAAUACGAAGUGCACAGUGCUCACUUUAUAUUAUUUUUGAUUAUAUACACUGUAAAAAUGAUAAAAGAAAUAGUAUUUUUCAAUUCACCUCAUACAAGUACUUAAGUGCAAUCUCUUUAUCGUGAAAGUGUAACUUACAAAUGCAGAUUUUUUUUUGGUUACAUUUAGAGCCUACAAGUCCACUCAGUCCUUAUUCUGCCAAUCGCUAAGACAAACAAGUUUGUUUACAUUGACAGGAGAUAAUGCUGCCCGCUUC